UUUCAAACAAAAGAUACAAAUCUCCUCUCGUCCUCUCCUCCUGAGUAGCGGCCUCGUAGACAAAUCUUCCCUGUCCCGACGAAACCCUAACCCUAGAUCGCCAGCCCGCCCGCCAUGGAUCUCCUCCAGUCCUCGUACGCGCCUGGUGACGCAUCCUCGCCGGAGGACGAGUCGCUCUCCUCCCCGGACACCUCCCCACUCCGCCUCCCCUCCAAGUCCGCCGCCCCCGCCGUCGAUGAGACAGCGCUCGCGCUAUCCGCCGCCGCCACUUCCACCUCCCGUCCUAUCGACCCCUCCCUCCACCUCAUCCCCUUCAACCCCACCGCCGACCAGCUCUGGGCGCCCGUCCUCGGUCCUCAGCACCCCCACGCGCCUAUCUCAUCCGCAUCUGGUCACCGUAACCACAAGCUCGGUCAUGUCGAAGACGCAGCGCUCCUCCCCUUCCUCUUCGACGAGCAGUAUAACACUUUCCAUCGCUUCGGCUACGCAUCUGACCCCUCCGGCCUCCACAUCAUCGGCGACGCGCAGCCACAGGCGCCCGACCUCGACACCGUCUACAACCUCCCUCCUUCUGAGCACAAGCGCCGCCGCAUCCAAUCCAGGGAGGAAAACCACGAGCCCCUCCCCCCAGAGGCCCAAAACCCUGCAUCCGACGAGUGGGUCGUGCACAACAAAAAGAGUCCCUGGGCUGGCAAUCGGGAGGGCCCGCCUGUGGAGCUCACGGACGAGCAGAGACAGUACGCCGAGGCACAUGCGGCCAAGAAGGCUGAGAAGGAGGCACGAGGUGAAGGGAAGGAGAAAACAGAGGUGGUGGUCAAGAGCACCUUCCAUGGGAAGGAGGAGAAGGACUACCAGGGACGAUCGUGGAUCACUCCACCCAAGGAUGCCAAGGCGACCAACGAGCGCUGUUAUAUUCCCAAGAGGUGUGUACACGAGUGGGUUGGACACACCAAGGGGGUCUCAGCGAUCAGAUUUUCUCCCAAGUAUGGCCAUCUAUUGCUGUCUGCAAGUAUGGAUUGUAAGAUUAAAAUCUGGGACGUGCUUGAGUCGAAGACAUGUAUGCGGACGUACAUGGGGCACUCCAAGGCGGUACGGGAUAUAUCGUUCUCUAAUGACGGUAGUAAGUUCUUGAGUGCUGGCUAUGACCGGAAUAUUCAGUAUUGGGAUACUGAAACUGGGCAGGUGAUCUCGACCUUCUCUACUGGUAAGGUACCUUAUGUCGUGAAGCUCAAUCCUGAUGAAGAUAAGCAGCAUAUUCUCCUUGCUGGGAUGAGUGACAAGAAGAUCGUGCAGUGGGAUAUGAAGUCAGGGCAGAUCACACAGGAAUAUGAUCAGCACUUGGGGGCGGUGAACACUAUUACCUUUGUAGAUAAUAAUAGGAGGUUUGUGACAUCUAGCGAUGACAAGUCUCUUCGUGUGUGGGAGUUUGGCAUCCCUGUAGUUAUUAAGUAUAUCAGUGAGCCGCACAUGCACUCCAUGCCGUCUAUUGCAGUACACCCAAACUCUAACUGGCUGGCAGCACAGAGCUUGGACAAUCAGAUACUGAUAUACAGCACGAAGGAAAGGUUUCAACUUAAUAAGAAGAAAAGGUUUGCAGGCCACAUUGUGGCAGGUUAUGCUUGUCAGGUGAGCUUCUCUCCUGAUGGGAGGUUUGUGAUGUCAGGAGACGGUGAAGGUAGUUGCUGGUUCUGGGACUGGAAAAGCUGCAGGAGAUUCAAGACAUUGAAGUGCCACAAUGGAGUUUGCAUUGGAUGUGAGUGGCAUCCGUUGGAGACUAGCAAGGUUGCAACGUGUGGAUGGGAUGGUGUCAUAAAAUACUGGGAUUAAAGAUUUGGCAAUUUAGACAGAAACGUUGCUCGAGAUGCUGCAAGCCCACAUGCCAAUUGAAUUCACAAGGAUUCAACUUUCAGUUGAGACUGUAAGCCCACAUGGCUGGCUGGAAAUUUUCAAUGUCACUAGUGAAAACAUGAGAGAACAGAAAACAGGCCCAUAUUUCCAACUACCGUCUACUAGUUCAUAGUAAUGUACUGUGUACCAUAGAUAUGCACCAUUCAGGUUUUUCAACUUUUACUUUACCUAAACUUCUAGGACUUUGGUUUCAGUUUUUCUUCGUUUUGCUGGUGCAACUUCUGUACUACCCGAGUGACAAAAUCUGCACUGAUUUCUGGGAAAUGUUCCCAGCGAAAUCCCCUCCGUGCUCCAAUCAGUCUGUAACAAAAUAAUAAUAUCUGAUCCUCCGUGCUCCAAAUUACUUGUUUUAGAUCAGUCUAGAUACGGAACUAGUUCUGGUGUUUGAUUCA